UUACAUUUUCCAGAUGUUGACAAAAAGUUACUACUUAUUCGGCAGCGAGCCUUGGUCGGAUGUCUCCCAGGGGGCCACGAAGUCUACAAAAUUCAAAAGAUAGCCAUUCUGCCAUUGAAUCAACAUGACGUUCCAGAAUUGGACAUUGAACUGUGCAAGAGGCACCACAUCGGAAUACGAAAGACUGAGAGAUCAGCUGUGGAAUGUCAGCAGAGGGCUCUACAGAAAACAUGGAAUUCGAUCAGAACGGCAACAGCCCAGGUUAAACCAAGACGGGUAAGUAGCCAAAAUCUCCUGUGGUACAUUUCUUUUGGGAAACAACACACAUUUAUUCUUUCAGGUGAAGAAGAAACUCUGGAUGCUUUUGCGAAACACUUUGCUGAAGAACUUUCCAUUUAUGGAAACCAGGUGAUCAUAAACCUGGUGGAACAGACAGGCAAAGAAAAAGUUCUAUCAGAGGCUUACUUAAAUGGAAUACUCUCGUACGACUGUCCUGACUUGACUUAUAUAUCUUUUGACUUUCACGAAUACUGUAGAGGAAUGAAGUUUGAAAAUAUCACCAUUCUAACUGAAAGUAUUAAGGAUAUUAUCAGAGAGAUGAGAUAUUGUUGGUUCGAUAGCCAAGGGCUCAUCUGUGAACAGAAAGGAGUUUUCAGAGUGAAUUGCGUGGACUGUUUGGAUCGUACCAAUAUCGCCCAGACAGCUCUGGCAAAAACCAUCAUGGACACUCAAUUUAUUAAACUCGGCCUGUUGCCACCGGAAGGAAUCCUGCCUGCAAGCUGUAGAAGGGUGUUCCAGAUGAUGUGGGCCAACAAUGGAGACAUAAUCAGUCGGCAGUAUGCCGGAACUGCCGCUUUAAAGGGAGAUUUUACGAGGACGGGUGAAAGAAGAUUUGCUGGAAUGAUGAAAGAUGGAUACACUUCCGCCAGUAGGUUAGUUCAUGUUAUAGUAAAAUUGUAAUUUGCUUUAAUAUAU